UACCAACGCCUAGACCUUCAGGCUAGGUAAAAGGACGUUACCUCGUGAGGCUCCUUAUCCUGUACUUCCACCAUGGCGACCGUCCCUGCCGACCCUUACGAGCUCCUACAUUGGAAUAUGAAACUUGCCCAUGCGACCUACGAGAAAGGAUAUGAAACUAUUCUUCCUCUACUUGACGGUCCUCCCGAGAGAGACCUGAAGAACUUCCUGGGCUAUUGUGAGGCAUGGGCAGAGUCAAUCGUUCAUCAUCAUGAUACAGAGGAGGCCUCUGUCUUUCCCAUCCUGAACAAAAGGGCUGAUUUCUCCCAUGAACAAGAGCAGCAUAAAGAGAUCCACAGCUUCUUGGAUAACUUUCUUGCAAAUAUCAGAGAUGCACAGAAAGAUAUCUCGAAGCUCAACGCCGCAGAGCUUAAACGUCUUAUGCAGUUGUCGAAGGACGCAAUGUUCACGCAUUUCAACGAGGAAUUGGUGGAUAUAGAAGCCUCCAAGCUCAGGGAAGCGGGUUUCACGGAGGCCGAAUGUCGCCAGAUGAUCACCGACAUGGAGAAGCACGCGAAGAAUAACGGCGACCCGUUCCUGGUGGUGCCCUACAUGCGCAGCCACACGCCACCCGAGUACAAGGACAUCUGGCCACCUAUGCCCUGGGUCCUUCGCAAAGUUGCCGUGCCUUACUUACUAGCGAAGAAGCACUCCGGCUAUUGGAAGUAUGCUCCGUAUGCUAUGUCUUAA